AUGAGCUAUUACUCGCAGCCCUCCUUUCCACAGCUCUACGCAGCGGCGCAGGCGCUGCGGAAAACCGGGUCUUAUGGGCGGUCCGCGGAGUAUCCUCGAGGCUACGGGUCGGCGGCAGCGAGCCCUCCGGCAUCUGCAGCAACCACUGCACAGCAGGCCUAUGCUGCUUAUGCAGCUCAGGCGGCUCAGGCGGCUGCCGCUGCCGCCCCGCGGCAGGAGGCCUCCAGAGCCAUAGUGUCCACCGCGAGCGAGGAUGUUGUGGGAAGUGUCCCCCACCUCUCCGUGACGGGCUGCACCCAUACCACGGUGGGGGGCAUCGUGCGCGGGAACUUCACCGCCAACGGGCAGAACCACGGGCGACCGACCUACAAGAAGGAUGCGCAGGUGAACGGCUUGGACGUGCAGCUGUACUACUGGGACGACCGCGAUGGUGCGAGCUUCUGCGGCUGGUGGUUCGGCCCCAAGGUGGGUGGCGACCAGGUCUGGGCCUACCAUCCAUCGUCCACCGCCAUGACGCCGCCCAAGACGGGGUGGAAGGUGCCCUAUGACGGCCCGGUGGACAACAGCUUCUUGAUCUCGCCCACCACGGCCUCGCAGACGGCCCACGUCCCGUCGUCCGACUUGUCGUCCUACAGCUCCCCGUACCAAACGGCCGAGCAGCGCAUCAAGCAGCAGCAGCAGGAACUCAUGCAGCAGCAAAUGAUCGCGCAGCAGCAAAAGGCGGUACAAAUGUCCGAGAUGAAGAAGAAACAGGAGGAAGCGAGAAGACAGCAAGAAGAGGCGCGCGUGCGGCAACAGGAGGAGGUGAAGCGAAAAGCCGCGGAGCAGCGGAUGAAGAUGGAGGAGAUGACCAGGCAAAAGAUGGAGCAGGAGAAGAGGCUGGCUGAGGAGCGCAAGCGGCAGCACAACGAGCAGAGGGCCGCGAUGACCCUCCGCCACUUCCUGGCACAGAAGAUCCGAGUGGCCAAGGAGGAGCAAGACUUGUCCACGGCCCAACAGGAACUGGCCGAGUUGAUGGCACAACAAUUGCCCUUGUGCGGCGCCAACGCGGAGAAGGUGCAGGCCGAGUGCGCACAGGCGGUGGAGAUCACCAUGAAGCGCAUUGAGGCGGAGAAAGAGAAGAAGAGACAAGAGGAGGAGCGCAAAGAGGAACAGAUGAAGAAGCAGAAGGAGGCUCAAGAGAAGGCGGAGGAACUGCUUCGGGAGCUGGGCGAGAAGGUGGCGACGGCCGAGGAGCUGGUGGAACAGCUCACCGCCUCGGCGGAACAGCUGUGCCCGGAGAAGGACAUGAAGUUGGAGAUUGUCACCAAGCUCGCCAACAGCAUGGACUCCAAAGCGGCAGAGGCCACCGGCGCCAUCAACGACUGCCAAAGCUUCGUGAAGGAGCACGGCAACGCCAUGAUGGCGAUGGCCUUUUCGGUCAAACCGCCCGAAGGGGUCGAGGCCGACGAGCGCCCAGCGAAUCUCCCGACGAUGCGCUUGCGCAUGGCGGAGGUCCUGAAGAAGAAGGAGAUGCUGAUCCAUGGCAUCAAAUCCAGCAAGGAGAAGCUCUUCCGCAAGGCGGAGGCAAAAAAGAAGAUGGACGUGCAAAUGCUGAAAUUCAAAAAGCCGCCACCUCAGAGAUGA